AUGAGCCAAGUUUUUCAAGAAUAUGUAGAUCCAAUCCAUGAAGCGAUUGAUGAUUUGUUUCUUCCAACACUCUUUGGGCAAGUAGAACCGCUCCCCGGUGAGCUACGUCAGCUUUUCACGUUGACACCAGCGCAAGGCGGCCUUGGUAUACCAGACUUGAGAAUAGAUGCCCCACAGCAGUAUGCUGCAUCAACAUCUAUAACAACUUCGCAUGUUGAAUCCAUCGUUACACAAAGGCCCUUCAAGACGAAAGGCGACGUAUCCACAGAAGAUCGUAAAAUUUACCACCAGUCACUUAAAACGGCUUCCGUCAAAGCAAGAAUGGAAACUAUUGACUCUUCUCUGUCUAAUGAGCUCAUGCGUUUGGUAAACCAGUCGAGAGAUAAGGGAGCGAGCUCGUGGCUUAACGCAAUACCCCUUGAAGAGCAAGGCCUAGCCAUGAAUAAACAAGAAUUCAGAGACUCCCUACGAUUGCGGUACAACAUACCUCUGCAGGAUUUACCAAGCUUAUGUGUAUGUGGAGAGAGAUUUACAAUUAACCACGCCCUUUCGUGUAAGAAGGGUGGGUUUGUAGCCCAGAGGCACGACGGUAUUCGAGAUUUUCUAACUUUGUUUACUAGCAAGGUAUGCAAGAAUGUGGAAUCAGAGCCUCGUCUUCAACCGCUGGAUAACGAACAAUUCCGCCACAGAACCGCUGUCACUAGUCCGGAGGCAAGAUUGGACAUAAAGGCAGGAGGCUUCUGGCAACGAGGAGUGACAGCAUUUUUUGAUGUUAGAAUAACGCAUGUCAACUCCAAGUGUAACCAGAACAAGCCUACGACUACCAUCUUUAAAGAGCACGAGAACGAGAAGAAGAGAAAAUAUCAACAGCGAGUGCUAGAUGUCGAAAUGGGGACGUUCACGCCUUUGGUUCUUGGUACCAACGGUGGUAUGGGAACAGAAUGCCAAAUGUUUCUGAAGCACCUUGCUGAUAAGCUUUCACGAAGGGACGGGGAACCUUACCACGCAGUCAUUUCAUGGAUUAGAACACGCUUAUCUUUUGAGAUUUUAAGAUCGGUGAACACUUGUGUCAGGGGAUCUAGAAGGCCCUUUAAGAACGCAAAUGACUUCAUAGAUGAUUUUAAUGUAAAUGCUAAUGCAGCAGAAAUUUUUUAGAUACUUUUAUAAUGGACUAUUUAUAUGGAUAAUUUUCUUUUUUAACUAUACAAUUGACAUAUUUUAAUAAAGUUCAGGUUGAGUAAAACUAGAAUGGUGCUUUGUGCUGGCUAUAAAUUUAGAUCUUACAAUUGUAGUUGCUGAAAGCCUUCCAAAUGUCAACCUUCAUUUUGAACAUAAACUGACGUCGUUGAAUCUUAAUGAGGCUUCCAUGGUUUUAACAAGGUCAGUACAGAAAAUAUUUCAAAUGCAGAAAAGUGCUGUAUAGGCGUUGCUCCGUACUACUAUGGGUAUGCAUAUAGUGUCUCCUACUCUGUAUAUUACUGCAAUAAAAUAUGUUGAAUUUUCUAGAUCAGAUCAGACGACCGUGGAAGUUCAUAAUAAGGCAAUCAUUGGCAAUGAUGGUGCUUACUCGUUAAUCCGGAGAGAAAUGUCUAAACAGCCAUGGUAAUUUUUCCGUGACCAAGUGAAAUUUCCCUGAUUCAAUGAAACGACUAUACAUUGUUCUGUAUUUAGGUACAAUUAUAAACAAGAGUAUAUCGCUCACGCUUACCAAGAACUGCAUAUUCCAGCAAAAGACGGCGGCGAGGUAGUUUAAUUUGUAAUUUUAAUUUUAACACAUUUAUUGGUCCGAAGUCUAACACUAACAUAAACUAUUCAAUUGCCCAAAAGGACGAUGUGAUCGAGGCGAUAAAUCCUAUGCAAGGCACCUCAACAAUUAUAAAAUAGAACACUAUAUAUAAUAUUAUAAAGCAAUGAAUACUAGUUACAACAUAGAGGAGAACGAACAAACAGAAGCUAAUGAUGAUGAAAAGGAUAAUUGAUAUCUCAGUUUAGUAGCAGAUCUGACAACGAGUUAUCGUACACCAUCAUCCAUCGCCUUUAUUUGAACGUUCUAUCUCAAAGUUGACUCUGUAGUGGUCGAAAAAAUUACCAAUUUUGAUUGGCAAUUUAAAUUGUUUGCAUCUCUCUUCAAGUAGUAUGCAAUGGAUCACAAUUUUCUUCAUGUCUGGCCUCGAGAUUCUUUCAUGUUGAUCGCUCUUCCCAAUAAGGUACACAAAUCAUUUUAAAUUUUAAUAAUAGAACACUAGAACAGACAAAAAUGCAUUUCCCUCUCUCUCUUGUUUAAUAUAGGAUGGUUCAUUCACAUGCACACUCAUUAUGCCUUGCAAAAUGUUUGAAUCUUUGAAAAGUGAGGUAAGAAUUUUUUUAAAUUUGGAGACCUUCCUCGGGAAGACCUUCGCUGAUGAUGGCGAGCCUUCUCUCAAUGAAUUAAUACUGCGUUAUAUUUCAAUAGAAAGACGUGUUGACAUUUUUCAACGAACAUUUUCAAGACACGAUUCCCUUGAUGGGCGAGUAAGUACCAGCCGGAGGUAACUGAACAAGGUAUUGAAUAUAUUGUUGUGCGCAAACCCUUGUUGACUUUUUGUUUCAGGAAACAUCUGGUACAAAAGUUUUUCUCCUUUCCACCAUCACCAAUGGUUUCAGUAAAGGUGCGAGACAAAUAUAAAUCACCUUAUUUCUAACCGCAAUAAAUUCUCAUACGAAAUUUCAUGUUUCAGUGCAGUCCAUACCAUGUGAAAGACAAAGUGAUAAUUAUGGGAGACGCUGCUCAUGCUAUGGUACCUUUCUACGGCCAAGGGAUGAACUGCGUAUGUUUUAUGUACUAUUUAAUUAAAGACUUUAAAACAUGAGCGGCCGGGUUGUAUCGGAUAUACAAGCUCGAGCCAAAACACACUUUAAGUUUUAUGUACAUAUUACGUAAAACGUUUGUUUUUUUAGGCAUUUGAAGAUUGCUUGAUUUUCAAUGACUAUAUGGACAAGUACAAUGACAAUUUUGGUUAGUCACUCAUCAACAUAGGAGAACGGGACUAAUGUUUUCCGGGGGGGCAGUUGAAAGUUUGCCCGAAUUUUUGUGGAGAAUUGUAAUGAAAUAACCUGAUUUUAACAUAUUUUCUGAUAAAUCUGCCCGAAUUUUCUUGAUUUUUCCUAUCAUUUGUCCGAAUUUCCAUGGUUUUUCAAUUUAUUAUUUUUUUUUUAUUUUUUUUUUGGGGGGGGGCAGUUGCCCCCCCCCCCCCUGUCUCGUACGCCUAUGCUCAUCAAUAUUGUAUCCUUGUAUAAACAUGAAUGUUGAUUUUACUCUUACUUCCUUUCAGACGAAGUAUUCGGGAAGUUUACGUUAACGCGAUGUCCAGAUGCGCAUGCUAUUUGUGAUCUUUCCUACUACAAUUACGUUGAGGUAAAAACAAAUUUGCACUGCGAAUUUUCGCUAAAAAUUGUCCCUUGGGGCAUCGCAUUAAGUGUUUUCCGCGUUUGACAUCAUAAGAAAUGAAGGUCUAUAAUUCCUUGCGAAUUUCCUUUUUAUUGUGCAAAAAAAAUUAAAUACUUUCUAACCAAACAAUUUCUUUCAGAUGCGUGCCUUACUCAACUCUCGAGUUUUCUUCGUGAAGACAUUCUUAAUCAAACUUCUAAACCGCAUGAUGCCUCGAACCUUCAUUCCGCUUUAUCACAUGGUCGCGUUUUCGCGCACUCCCUAUCAUGAAGUUGUUUUACAAUGGAAAUGGCAAGAAAAGGUACUUUAACCUUGUUUUCUGAAACCAAAGUACAGUACUUAUGACUUGUUCUUUUAGUGACGAUUUCUACGUAUGGGGCGACCGAGCCAAGAGACUGAAGAGUGAUAUGAACACUUUAAAAUCUCACAACUUGUCCUGACAAGAUGUGUUCGCAACAGGCUUGUAGCAAGCUCGUCAACAAGUUGAAACAAUGCUGUUAUUUUAUCAAGUUGCUACAAGGUUGUCACGCACAACUUGUUGACAAAUUGGUGAAUUGCAGGACGAUAACAAGUUGUUGGAACAACCUGUAACAAGUCUGUUGAGCUCAACAACGUUGUAGCAAGUUGUCAACAAGUCGUUGACAACAAGCUCAUCCUGUUAGCAAGUUUUUUGUAAGAUGUGGUGUGUUUUUGCGUGUGUAAUGGUAACAUGGCCUUGCUGUAAUUAUUACUUUUCUUUUUUUUACAGAUUGUCACUCGACUUAGCUGGAUUUGUGUAUCAGUCCCAUUUAUAGUUGCUACUGCACUAACUUUACGUAAAAUUCUAAACCACAGUUAA